AUGGCGUGGAAGGCCAGUGCCUGCUCCAGGGAACAAGGCUCCAAGAAGCUAAGUACUCGCGACUCGCCGCCCGCGCCCGCCGCCCACAGUCCCGAGUCCCGCUGGGCGCUCGCAGCUCCGCGCAAGUUGCAAGUUGCCCAGCGCGCCGCCAUGCGCUCCUGCCCGCGACCCCCGCCGCCGGCGCGGGCCCUAGCUCUGGCCCUGACCUUGGCCGCGCUGCUGGCGGACCCCGCGUCCGCAGCCUCCUUCUUCGGAGAGAACCACCUGGAGGUGCCCAUGGCCAUGGCCCUGACCGACAUAGACCUGCAGCUGCAGUUCUCCACAGCCCAGCCGGAAGCCCUGCUGCUCCUGGCCGCAGGCCCGGCUGACCACCUCCUGCUGCAGCUCCACUCCGGACACCUGCAGGUCAGACUCGUCCUGGGCCAGGAGGUGAUGAGGCUGCAGACCCCCAAAGAGACGCUGCUGAGCGACUCCACCCCCCACACCGUGGCACUCACGGUGACCAACAGUUGGGCCAUGCUCUCAGUUGAUAGCCGCCUGAAUGCCUCGGGGCCAGCCCCGCCAGCCCCGCUGGAGGUUCCCUAUGGGCUCUUCAUAGGGGGUACUGGGAGCCUCCGCCUGCCCUACCUGAGGGGAGCCAGCCGCCCGCUGAGGGGCUGCCUCCAUGGAGCCACCCUCAAUGGCCGAAGCCUCCUCCGGCCGCUGACCCCGGAUGUGCCAGAAGGCUGUGCAGAGGAGUUUUCUGCAGGGGAUGACGUGGCCCUGGGCUUCUCCGGGCCCCACUCACUGACCACCUUCCCUGCCUGGGGCACUCGAGAUGAGGGCAGCCUGGAGUUUACGCUCACCACAAGAAGCCGCCAGGCGCCCCUGGCCUUCCAGGCGGGUGGCCGGCAUGGGGACUUCAUCUACGUGGACGUCUUUGAGGGCCACCUGCGGGCCAUGGUGGAGAAAGGCCAGGGCACCGUCCUGCUCCACAACAGUGUGCCCGUGGCCGACGGACUGCCCCACGAGAUCAGCAUCCACAUAGACACUCAUCGGCUGGAGAUCUCCGUGGACCAGUACCCCACCCGCACCUCCAACCGCGGGGUCCCUAGCUACCUGGAGCCCCGUGGCAGCCUCCUCCUCGGGGGCCUGGACGCGGAGGCCUCUCGCCACCUCUGGGAGCACCGGCUGGGCCUGGCCCCAGGCGCGGCCAACGCCUCCCUGCUGGGCUGCAUGGAGGACCUCAGCGUCAACGGCCAGCGGCAUGGGCUCCGGGAUGCUCUGCUGACGCGCCACAUGGUGGCGGGCUGCAGGCCGGAGGAGGAGGAGUAUGAGGAGGAAGUCUACAGCCCCUACGAAGCCUUCUCCACCUUGGCCCCCGAGGCCUGGCCCACUCUGGAGCUGCCCGAGCCCUGCACGCCCGAGGCGGGGCUGCCACCUGUCUUUGCCAACUUCACCCGCCUGCUGACCAUCAGCCCGCUGGUGGUGGCCGAGGGCGGUGCGGCCUGGCUCGAGUGGCGGCACGUGCAGCCCACCCUGGACCUGAGCGAGGCGGAGCUGCGCAAAUCGCAGGUGCUGUUCAGUGUGAUCCGAGGGGCGCGCCAUGGUGAGUUGGAGCUGGACAUCCCGGGCGCCCAGGCACGGAAGAUGUUCACCCUCCUGGACGUGGUCAACCGCAAGGCCCGCUUCGUGCACGACGGAGCUGAGGAGCCGGCCGACCAGCUGGUGCUGGAGGUGUCCGUGACUGCCCGGGGGCUGGUGCCCUCCUGCCUGCGGCGCGGCCAGACCUACAUCCUGCCCGUCCAGGUCAACCCCAUCAACGACCCUCCACGCCUCGUCUUCCCGCACGGCAGCCUCAUGGUGAUCCUGGAGCACACGCAGAAGCCGCUGGGGCCUGAGGUCUUCCAGGCCUAUGACCCGGACUCGGCCUGUGAGGGCCUCACCUUCCAACUGCUGGGCAGUCCCUCCGGCCUCCCCGUGGAGCGCCGGGAUCAGCCCGGACAGCCGGCCACCGAGUUCUCCUGCCGCGAGCUGGAGGCGGGCAGCCUGGUCUACGUCCACCGGGGCGGCCCCGCACAGGACCUGACGUUCCGGGUCAGCGACGGGCUGCAGGCCAGCCCCGCAGCCACGCUGAAGGUGGUGGCCGUCCAGCCGGCCAUCCGGCUCCUCCACAACACUGGGCUCCGCCUGGCGCAGGGCUCGGCAGCGCCUAUCUUGCCAGCCAACCUGUCGGUGGAGACCAAUGCAGUGGGGCAGGAGAUCAGCGUGCUGUUCCGGCUCACCGGAGGCCUGCGUUUCGGGGAGCUGCAGAAGCAGGGGGCCGGCGGGAUGGAGGGCGCAGAGUGGCGGGCCACGCAGGCCUUCCACCAGCGCGACGUGGAGCAGGGCCGCGUGCGGUACCUGAGCACGGACCCCAGCCGCCGCGCCGAGGACACAGUGGAGUACCUGACCCUGGAGGUGCAGGUGGGCCGCGAGAUGCUGAGCAACCUCUCCUUCCCAGUGAGGGUGCAGAGGGCCGACAUCUGGCUGCUGCAGCUGGAGCCCCUGCACACUCAGAACAGCCGGCAGGAGGCCCUGACCACAGCCCACCUGGAGGCCACUGUGGAGGGCACAGGCCCAAGCCCCGCCUCCUUCCACUACAAGGUGGUGCAAGCCCCCACGAAGGGGAACCUCCGGCUGCAGGGCACCCGGCUAUCCGCCGGGCAGAGCUUCACCCAGGAUGACCUGCAGGCGGGGCGGGUGACCUAUGGGGCCACCGCUCGGGCCUCAGAGGCCGUAGAGGAUGCCUUCCACUUCCGCGUCACGGCUCCGCCACACUUCUCCCCCCUCUACACUUUCCCCAUCCACAUCGGUGGGGACCCCAGUGCCCCUGUCCUCACCAACGUCCUGCUCUCGGUGCCCGAGGGCGGCCAGGCCGUCAUCUCUGCUGACCACCUCUUCGUGAAGACCCUCAACAGUGCCGGCUACCUCUACGAGGUCAUGGAGCGGCCCCGCCACGGGAGGCUGGCAUGGCGGGACACGCAGGACCAGGACACCACGGUGAUGUCCUUCACCAACGAGGACCUGCUGCAUGGCCGGCUGGUCUACCAGCACGACGACUCAGAGACCACUGAAGAUGAUAUCCCGUUUGUGGCCACCCGCCAGGGCGAGGGCAGCGGGGGCACGGCCUGGGAGGAGGUCCGGGGCGUCUUCCGCGUGGCCAUCCAGCCCGUGAAUGACCACGCCCCUGUGCAGACUGUCAGCCACGUCUUCCACGUGGCUCGGGGUGGGCAGCGGCUGCUCACCACCGACGAUGUGGCUUUCAGCGACCCGGACUCGGGCUCUGCCGAUGCCCAGCUGGUGCUGACCCGCAAAGACCUCCUCUUCGGCAGCAUCGUGGCCGUGGACGAGCCCUCGCGGCCCAUCUACCGCUUCACCCAGGAGGACCUCCGCGAGAGGCGGGUCCUGUUCGUGCACUCGGGUGCCGACCGCGGCUGGAUCCAGCUGCAGGUGUCCGACGGGCAGCACCAGGCCACCGCCCUGCUGGAGGUGCAGGCCUCGGAGCCCUACCUCCGCUUGGCCAACGGCUCCAGCCUCGUGGUCCCCCAGGGGGGCCAGGGCACCAUCGACACGGCCGUGCUCCACCUGGACACCAACCUGGAUGUCCGCACUGGGGACGAAGUCCGCUACCAGGUCACCUCCGGCCCACGCUGGGGGCAGCUGCUCCAGGCUGGCCAGCCGACCUCGGCCUUCUCCCAGCGGGACCUGCUGGACGGGACGGUCAUCUACCACCACAAUGGCAGCCUCAGCCCCCGAGACACCCUGGCUCUCUCUGUGGAGGCGGGCUCCGUGCGCACAGAUGCCAACCUGCAGGUGACCAUCGCCCUGGAGGGCCCACUGCCCCUGCUGCACCUGGCCCAGCACAAGAAGAUCUAUGUCUUCCAGGGAGAAGCUGCUGAGAUCAGGCGCGACCAGCUGCAGAUAUGGGAGGGGGCUACUGCGCCCAUCCCCCCGGAGGCCCUCAGGGGCACAGACAGAGACUCAGAGCCUGAGGACCUGGUCUACCACAUUGAGCCACCCCAAAACGGGCGAGUGGUGUUGCGGGAGGCACCCGACACCGAGGUCCGCAGCUUCACGCAGGCCCAGCUGGACAGCGCCCUGGUGCUGUUCACACACACAGGAACCCUGGAUGGAGGCUUCCACUUCAGCCUCUCGGAUGGCGAGCACAUAUCCCCUGGACACUUCUUCCGUGUGGUGGCCCACAAGCCGCUUCUCCUCUCCCUGGAGGGCAGCCGGACGCUGACCAUCUGCCCAGGGUCCACCCAGCCCCUUAGCAGCCACAUUAUGAGAGCCAGCUCCAGUGAAGGCACGGACCCCCGGCACCUGCUCUACCGCGUGGUGAGGGGCCCCCGGCUGGGUCGGCUGCUGCACACCCAGCAAGCCAGCAUGGGGGAAGCCCUGGUGAACUUCACGCAGGCUGAGGUGUCUGCUGGGCAUGUUCUGUAUGAACACGAGAUGCCCGCCGAGCCCUUUUGGGAGGUCCGUGACACCCUGGAGCUCCUGCUGUCCUCGCCCCCUGCCCCUGACAUGACAGCCCUGGCGGACUGGACGCUCACAGCUUAUAUCCUACUGCCAGGUCUCUGGGUCCCUGAGGGCCAGCGAGCCGAGAUCACGGUGACCCACCUGGAUGCCUCCAACCUGCUGGCCAGCGUGCCACCGCCCCAGCGCCAUGUACAUGAUGUGCUCUUCCGGGUCACGCAGUUCCCCACCCGGGGUCAGCUGCUGGUGUCCGGGGAGCCCCUUCACGCCGGGGAGCCCCACUUCCUGCAGUCCCAGCUGUCCCAGGGGCAGCUGGCAUACGCCCACGGCGGAGGGGGCUCCCAGCAGGACAGCUUCCGCUUCCGCGCCCACCUCCAGGGGCCGGCGGGGGCCUCGGUGGCAGGGCCACAAACCUCUGAGGCCUUUGUCAUCAUGGUGCACGACGUGAAUGAGCGGCCCCCCCAGCCGCAGGCCUCUGCCCCACUCCGGCUCACCCGAGGGUCCCGGGCCCCCGUCUCCCGGGCGCAGCUGAGCGUGGUGGACCCAGACUCGGCCCCAGGGGAGAUCGAGUACAAGGUGCUGCGGACACCCCACAACGGCUUCCUGAGCCUGGAGGGUGGAGGCUCGGGACCCGUGACCCGCUUCACCCAGGCUGAUGUGGAUGCCGGCCGGCUGGCUUUAGUGGCCAAUGGGAGCAGUGUGGCCGGCAUCUUCCAGCUGAGCGUGUCUGACGGGGCCAGCCCGCCCCUGGCCAUGUCCCUGGCCAUGGACAUCCUGCCGUCCAACGUGGAGGUGCAGCUGCGGGCGCCCCUGGAGGUGCCCCAAGCCACAGGCCGGGCCUUGCUGAGCCGGCAGCAGCUCCGGGUAGUCUCCGAUCGGGAGGAGCCCGACGCGGCCUACCGCCUCACCCAAGGCCCCCAGUACGGGCACCUUCUGGUGGGCGGGCAGCCUGCCUCUGCCUUCAGCCAGGUCCAGGUGGACCAAGGUCAGGUGGUCUUUGCUUUUACCAACCUCUCCUCUGCUCAAGACUGCUUCAGCAUCCUGGCGCUAGCCCGGGGCGCCAAUGCCUCAGCCACUGUCAAUGUCACCGUCAGGGCUCUGCUGCAUGUCUGGGCAGGCGGGCCGUGGCCCCAGGGCGCUACCCUGCGCCUGGACCCUGCCAUCCUGGAUGCCAGCGAGCUGGCCAAGCUCACGGGCAGCGUGCCCCGCUUCCGGCUCCUGGCGGGCCCCCAACAUGGCCGUGUGGUCCGCCUGCCCCGGGCCAGGACAGAGCCCCGGAGCGGCCAGCUAGUGGAGCAGUUCACGCAGCAGGACCUGGAGGCUGGCAGGCUGGGGCUGGUGGUGGGCAGGCCGCCCGGCCCUGCAGGCGACAGCCUCACUCUGGAGGUAUGGGCACAGGGGGUCCCACCAGCGGUGGCCUCACUGGACUUUACCACGGAGCCUUACAACGCAGCCCGGUCCUACGGCGUGGCCCUGCUCAGUCUGCCCGAGGCUGCACGGACAGAAGCGGAGAUGCCUGAGAGCAGCAGCCCGACCCUGGCAACAGACCUGGCAGCGGCCAGCCCCAUCCCCACUGUGUCCAGGGGGGGCUUGCUGGGCUUCCUGGAGGCCAACAUGUUCAGCGUCAUCAUCCCGGUGUGCCUGGUCCUGCUACUCCUGGCCCUCAUUCUUCCCCUGCUCUUCUACCUCCGCAAACGCAACAAGACGGGCAAGCACGACGUCCAGGUCUUGGCCGCCAAGCCCCGCAACGGCCUGGCCGGGGACACUGAGACCUUCCGCAAGGUAGAGCCCGGCCAGGCCAUCCCGCUGACCGCUGUCCCUGGCCAGGGGCCCCCACCGGGCAGCCAGCCUGACCCAGAGCUGCUGCAGUUCUGCCGGACACCCAAUCCUGCCCUCAAAAAUGGCCAGUACUGGGUGUGACGCUGACCAGGCCGGGGACAAGCGUGCCCGGGCCCUGCUGCUUCCUGGCUCCCGGCACAGAGAGAGACCCGGAGCUGCUAGGCGUGGAGG